AUGUCUUUGAAAGGAGAUACUUAUUGGAUUGCUGAAGAUAAAGUAACCGAGUUGUUCUUGAUCAAGUUCGAUUCACGGCAGAGAGAUUUGUCACGUGUGAUGAGGUUAUGGGUGACCAAUAAGAUUGAUGAGGAGGAUGCCAAAGACUUGUCGUGGAGGAGUGACUUGGUCUUGGAAAUGGAUUCUGCUAAAUUUAACUUGAGUGUUGAAAACUUCUUGUUGGAUGAGGAGAAUAAAGUGGCAGUGUGUUGUACCAAGUUCACAAGUGAUAGGACCAUGGUUUACAUUGUUGGAGAGGAUAUGUAUAAGAAAGUUUAUGAAGAUACUAGGGACGCAUCUCCUAUCAAUUGGCCAGUGAUCCUUACUUAUGUUCCAAGCUUGGUUUGCCUUCACUAA